AUGGCCAAAGGAAACCACACUCCCAGUGCUGAAUUUGUCCUCUGGGGGUUCUCAGAGCAGGGGGAUGUCCAGGGUGUCCUCUUCAUGGUCUUCUUGGUGAUCUACGUGAUCACUCUGCUGGGAAACCUGGGGAUGCUCAUGUUAAUCAGGCUGGAUGCCCAGCUUCACACCCCCAUGUACUUCUUCCUGAGCAGCCUGUCCUUCCUAGACAUCUGCUAUUCCUCCUCAAUCACCCCCAGACUGCUCUCGGACCUCCUAGCAGAAAGGAAGGCCAUUUCUUAUUCCGCGUGCCUCUCACAGUUUUAUUUCUACGCGGUCUUCGCCACCACCGAGUGCUACCUCUUGGCUGUGAUGGCGUACGACCGCUACGUUGCCAUCUGCAGCCCACUGCUCUAUGCCAUCUCCAUGUCCAGCAGAGUUUGUGCGCUGCUGGUAGCUGGCUCGUACCUCGCUGGGAUCAUGAAUGCCACCAUCCACACAGGGUUUGCGCUUCGGCUGUCCUUCUGUGGUCCCAACAUCAUCAACCACUUCUACUGUGAGGGGCCCCCGCUUUACGCCAUCUCUUGCACGGAUCCCACCAUCAAUGAGAUUAUGAUAAUGACACCUGUCAAUCACACUGACGUGCAUGAGUUCGUUCUCUUGGGGCUGACCACCCGCCUGGAUCUCCAGGUCCCUGUUUUCUUGGCUUUCCUGGCCAUGUAUACGGUGACCCUCUUGGGCAACUUUGGGAUAAUUGUACUAAUCAGGACCGAUUUUCACCUUCACACCCCGAUGUACUAUUUCCUCGGCCACUUGGCUUUUGUCGACAUCUGCUAUUCCUCCAUCAUCCUCCCCAAAAUGCUGGUACAGAUCUUGACGGAGGACAAAACCAUCGGCUUCUCGGGGUGUGCAACCCAGCUCUGCUGCUUUGUUGUUUUUGGGGUCACCGAGUGCCUCUUGCUGGCCGUGAUGGCCUAUGACAGGUACAUGGCCAUCUGCAAGCCCCUCCUGUACCCCACCAUCAUGUGCGGAUGGAUGUGCUGGUGGCUCGUCGCUGGUUCCUACACCGUCGGUGUCUUGCAUGCGGUGACACACACCACUUUCAUCUUUACUUUCUCCUUCUGCCACUCCAAUGUUAUCAACCACUACUUCUGCGACAUUGCUCCGCUCUUAGCUCUCUCCUGCUCCGACACCCACACCUAUGAGGUGGUCGUCCUUGCUCUCGUCAGCAUAAACUCUCUCAGCACCAUGACCGUCAUCUUCGUCUCCUAUACUUAUAUCCUCCCCACUGUCCUGAGGAUCCGCUCUCCAGAGGGCAGGAGAAAAGCCUUCUCCACUUGUACCUCCCACCUGACAGUCGUCACCAUGUUUUUUGGGGCAAUCUUAUUCAUGUACCUGCGCCCCAGCUCCGCCUUUGCGUUGGAUGAGAACAAAACGGCCACGUUGUUUUACACCAUCAUGACCCCCACAUUGAACCCCUUGGUCUACAGCCUGAGGAACAGGGAGGUGAAGGCUGCCCUCAGAAGAGCGGUUGGGAGAAGGCAGUGA